AUGGCCGUGCCAUUCAAGACUUCGUCUACUACCAAUCGUACCCGUUCGGCCAGCGACGCCAGCGACAUCGGCUCUGCAGCGCGUGCGCGUAUAAUUGCUGAAUCCACGUUGCCACCUUCUCCUUCCCCGCACCUUGACGUAUCCCCUAUUCAACAUCGCCGAGGUUCACGCAAUACUUGGACCUCCUUCUUCACUUCAAAACCAGAACGAAGGAAAACUCUUGCAAUUUUCGACCCGCCUCAAUCCCAGCUUGACGCUCCUCCGGUGCCUCCACCUGACGAACCCCCUCCUAGACAGUAUACGACCCUGCACUUCCCAAAGGUCGCCCGGAAGCGUGUUAGCUCACCCCCUACCACCCACUCGAGCACAUUGUUAGGCCGUUCGUUUACUACCAAGCCUCGUCCCCUAUCCCGUAUUGAAGGGAGCCCCGCCACUUCUCCAGCGCUUCCUGGAGUCUUUGCUUCAUUACCUGCCCGGACUCGAGAGCGUAUUAGGAGUAGUUACGACAGCACUCGCCGCAGCCACGAACAAUCUGAAGGUUUCACGUCAGGACACGCUACUCCUAUUUCCGACUUGGACACUCCGGCCAACCCCACUUCCUUUCGGGCAAGUACAGAAAGUCGCUCCAGCAGACACAUCAAACGUCGCAGUAUGGCAUCAUUCGCGCGUCCACCAAUCACGUCUGCUCAUACAAUGCGCCGCAUUUCAGCUUUGCCGCUGCGGGGUGGCGAUGAUUUACGCGAAACUGGUGAAUCCUACAGGACAUCCACGGCAGAUCUGAGUGACUUUCUUCGGGCGACUGGCCCCGAAGAUCCCAACCCUGGCGUCCCUACAGAAAAAUUGCAGAUAAAGGACGUGGAUAGAGAUGGUGCCAAUUCAACACGCUCACGAACCAGAUCAUCCAUCUUUCGAAUUGGAGGCCGUAAGCGAGAGAAAAGCCGACCCCGAGUUGACCCUGUUCCCAACACCGACGAUGUUCCACCUCUGCCAGCUCCACCUUUCUCUCGUCUUCCUGCUCAGGACGACACCCAGAGAAGCUUUUCACCAAUUUUACGGUUGGCCAAUUCAACCGAAGAGGGAGUGGAACAAUCCGCUAGGUCAAGUCUACAGAGUUCAGUUUACAGUAAUGGAAGGCUUCCACCCAAUACUCGUGAACACAGAUUGAGGGAUGGGUAUGCUCAACUUUAA